AGAAUCCAGGACAAACUGCUGCUGUUGUCAAAGUCUCUCUCUCUCCCUCUCUCUCUCUCUCUCCCUGUGCCACCACUUCCCCUCAGACGCGCGCAUCCUGCGUCCAGUGUCCGAGCAUCUCGCCUCAUCCUCUCCGCAGCUUUACGCGCAGUCAGACACGCACCAACAAAAAACUUUACCUCGUCGCGUCUCCGUGGAUCUCGGGUCCGACUCGGAGUCCAGAUCCGGCCGCGGACAGAACCCGCGUCAAUCCGCCGCCGUGUGUCCGGGAGCCGCAGCUCAGCUCCAGCCCUGGAUUCAAUACUGCUGAUCAAUGGACAGAGCCUCCUCAGCGGCCAGCAGCGCUACCGACACGCCGUAAACAACUCGUUCUCCCUGGCUGGAGCUCCUCUGGGGAUCUGGAGGAGGAUGGAGCGAGGAGGGGAGAGUCCCAUCACCCAGGACAGCCCUGAGCGGAGGGGGGGCAGCCCCGACCUCAGCGGCCUCCCGCCUCCAGGGAAGAAGGGGCGCUUGGAGCUCAACGGCAGCCCCACCGGACCCCGCAUGCGCCACAACGGAGCGCCGCUGAGACCCCUGGGAGGUCUGAUGAUCCCCGUCUUCUGCGUGGUGGAGCAGGCGGACGGAGGGAUUCAGACGGACGGCUGCGAGGGGAGGGACGAGCACGCAGAGUUUGUGCUGGUCAGGAGGGACAUCCUCUUCUCCCAGCUGGUGGAGACGGCUCUGCUCGCACUCGGCUACUCCCACAGCUCCGCGGCACAAGCCCACGGCAUCAUCAAGGUGGGAAGGUGGAACCCUCUGCCCAUCCACUUCCUGAGCGACGCCCCGGAGGCGACAGUGGCCGACAUGCUGAUGGAGGUUUACCACAUGGUCACGCUACGGAUUCAACUACAAAGUUUCUCGAAGCUGGAGGACCUGCCCUGUGAGCAGUGGAACCAUGCGACCGUCAGGAACGCUCUCAAAGAGCUGCUGAAGGAAAUGAACCAGAGCACUCUGGCCAAAGAGUGUCCUCUAUCACAGAGUAUGAUCUCCUCCAUAGUGAAUAGUUCUUACUAUGCCAACGUCUCCACGGCCAAGUGUCAGGAGUUUGGACGCUGGUACAAGAAGUAUAAGAAAAUCAAAGUCGAUUAUCUGGAGAAGAUGUGGUCUGGACGAGACGCUGCUGACAUCAAAAUAGAGCGAGACAACAUGGCCGACUUCUGCGUGCUGGGUCAGAGGCCACCUCCUCACCUGGCCGGCCUGGCCCAGCUCAGUCACCUGGGAGCGGGCAGCCCACUCCUCAAAGCCGUGUCUGGAGACCUGAGCUCGCAGUCUCUGCAGCAGCCUCCACCUCCCCAGCAGCAGCACUCGCCCCACGGCCCCCAUCAUCACAGCCCUCCUCUGCGCACGGUCCAGGUGCCUCCUCCGCCCCCGCCGCCCCCGCCCGGCGCCCUGCAGCCCCUGCUGGGGCCAGGUGGGCUGCUGUCGCCUCAACUGUCCCCGCAGCUGGUACGUCAACAGCUCGCCAUGGCCCACCUCAUCAACCAGCAGCUAGCCGUUAGCCGCCUGCUGGCCCACCAGCACCCGCAGGCCCUCAACCAGCAGUUCCUCAACCACCCGCCCAUCCCUCGGGGCUCGUCCAAGGUCGGCGGCGACCAUCCAGGGAGCAACCCCUCGGCCGCCGAAGUCUCCUCUGAAAUCUACCAGCAGGUCAGAGACGAGCUGAAGAGAGCUAGUGUCUCCCAGGCCGUGUUCGCCCGUGUGGCUUUCAACCGCACACAGGGUUUGCUGUCAGAGAUCCUGAGGAAGGAGGAGGACCCUCGCACGGCCUCCCAGUCGCUGCUGGUCAAUCUGAAAGCGAUGCAGAACUUCCUCAACCUGCACGAGACCGAGCGAGACCGGAUCUACCAGGAGGAGAGAGAGCGAACCAUGAACCCCACGGUCGGCCUCCCUGCCUCCAACUCCUCCAACCCCGGACCUCCACGCCUCUCACAGAAAGUGUGGGAGAGAAGCCUGGACGACCAGAUAACCCCUGAUACCUGGGCCUCCAUCUGGAAGAACAAGACUAAGAUCUCGAACUCGCCCAAACCGUCCUGUCCGGCCGCCGAGCUCCCGCUGAAGCUGGAGUCGCUGGUCAACAUCACGUCGGGCGUCUACGAUGAAAUCCAGCAGGAGAUGAAGAGAGCGAAGGUUUCCCAGGCCCUGUUCGCCAAAGUGGCCGCCAACAAGAGUCAGGGUUGGCUGUGCGAGCUGCUGCGGUGGAAGGAGAACCCCAGCCCGGAGAACCGCACGCUGUGGGAGAACCUGUGCACCAUCCGGAGGUUCCUGGCGCUGCCGCAGGCCGACAGAGACCUGGCGUACGAGGAGGAGUCCAGACACCAUCACUCCGAGAGGCUGCACACCGUCCUCCACCUGCCGCAGGAGACACAGCUGUUUUGUCUUUCUCGUCAGGCACUUCACAGGCCGCCCCCGAUGCCGAUGAAGGAGCACCGCCUGUCUCCGAUGCGCGAGGAACCAUUAUCUGCCCCGGGGAACGAGGACUGCUCACAGAAUGUGGGGACAGGGGCGGGCGGAUGUCCCGGCUCUGUUGGCAGCACCGGCAGCAACAAGAAGCCACGAUCACGCACUAAGAUUUCCCUGGAGGCCCUGGGUAUCCUGCAGAGCUUCAUCCAAGAUGUCGGCCUGUAUCCGGACCAGGAGGCCAUCCACACCCUGUCGGCACAGCUGGACCUGCCCAAACACACCAUCAUCAAGUUCUUCCAGAACCAGCGCUACCACGUCAAGCACCACGGCCGCCUCAAGGAGCUGUGUGAGGGGGCCGCCGCCAGCGGGGGUGUGGACGUCAGCGAGUACAGAGAAGAAGAGUUGCUGUCGGGCUCCGAGGACCCAGAGUCCAGUGAGGAUGGAGCUGAGGAGCUCUACCAGACCACAGAGGGUAAUGGUGGGAGCACAGGAGGCCUGAACCAGCCUUCAGCGUCCUCCGGCUCCAGCUCCAGCUCAUCCUCAGGAGCCAACGUGGCUCAGGAGGAGGCAAAGGACAAGGGACACAGUCGGCCAGGGGGCAACAUGGCCCCCGGGAGCUCCUCAUCCAGUCCUAGAGAGCAGGCUGACUACCAGAGGUAGAGACUGACAAACAGAGAGGAGAGGACAGGAGAAAGGAGAGAGGGAGGAGAGUCUACCACGAACUGAUGGAAUACGGCUGCACAGAAACUGUACGAGACAGAAACGUCUCUGUAGGUUCACAUUAAACAAGAAAACCAUUAGACUGAAAUACUGCGACCAGAGAGACUCGUUAUCGUGACAAUCCCAGACACACAUCUGUGAAAACCUGAUUUGUGGAGUGAAAUUACCUCAGCCAAAGACAGCAGGUUCACGGCGUAACUGUGAAACAGCUUUUACACAAAUGUUUAAACGACUCACUCCAGGCUUUUAUCAGCAGGUGAGACUACUGCAGUUCAGGCCUCUGACCGGCACACAGGCACAAACACCAAACUACACCCACAGAACUUUCUAUCAAUCAAGCAGUCGUCAGAAGAGACGUGGUCCCUGCUCCUCCUCUAACGUCCCAGCACAGUCCCACAGGACGUGGACUCCACACGUGCUGAUUGACAUUUGACUGACUGGAUCCCCGGGGGUCGUCUCUGACCUCAGCAAUCCUACGAAUCCUCAGGACACACACUGAUGUUGCUAACGCUGUCGCCUGCCGCGGACUUGCUCUUCAUCUUGUAGCUUCGUUUCAUAGCGGAGGAAAAAAAAAAAAAAAGUAAGAAAGGGAAACGCCCACCUGUCGUCCCGCCCUCGUCUCACCGUCACACUCCAGAGUCACUACCAGUCCUAUCAAGCACUUACUGUUCACAGAGACACUGAUGUAUUGUGGAUGUGAUGACCCCUGUCCUCCCUCAGUCUGGCAGGAGGACAGUGGACGAGAGGAUGUGGCGCGUAGGGACACUCGGGGCUCUGAACCCUCGCCUGGCACCGCCCGCGUACGUGUGGCGAGAAGAAAAUGUCCAGAAAGCGAGGACAGAGUGGAGAUUCAGCAACCAAACAAUCAGUCACUUUAUGUGCGGUCGUCCACCCCUUCCACUCUUCCUCUCUCGCUCUCCUCCUUUUCCUCUCUCUAAUUGGUGCCCACGGUCUUGUGUUCACCACACCUACCCGCACUUAAACUUCACCAACCCUAUUUAUUGCUAUCUUUAUCCAUGAUUAUUAUUAUCAUUAUUGUUAUUAUUGUUGUUAUUAUGGUUAGAAUUGCUGUCAUCCUGUGCUAUUUUUAGGUUUUAUUUCCAUGGUUUUUUAAAUAUUGGUUUUCAGAACUGGGCGGUUGUUUGGGUAACAAGAGACAUUAAGAGCACGCUGCCCGAAAAGACGACGAAGACGAAGACGAAGACGAAGACGAAGAGGAAGAGGAGCGGAGAGGGGAAGAAAAUAGUAAAGAAGCAGUUACUGAGUGUCACUGGGUAAAAAAAAGAAUAAAGUCAAAAAGGUUCAUGCUGUAUUCUGCCAGUUUUUGUUAUUGUUCAUUUCCCCAAAAACUAGUAAAUAACUUGUUAAAGUUGAAUUAAAAAGCGAAAACUGUG